UGCUGCUGUGACAUCGGAGAGGCAGUGACCGGUCUCCCUGUGUGGCCUUGGAUCCUGCACCCAGCCCCUUCGCCUCCCUGUAGCCAAUGACCCCCAUGAACCCAAUGAAACCAUCGCUCCCUCCCACCCCGCAUGGUGAUGGUUCAUAUGCCUACGAGUCAGUUCCUUGGCAACAGAAUACCAAUCAGCCUGCAGGAUCUCUCUCGGUGGUAACCACUGUUUGGGGCGUCAGCAACACAUCCCAAAGCCAGGUUUUUGGAAACCCCAUGGGUCCUGGAGGAAACACCGCUGGCAAUCCCAUGAUGCCCAGCGUGGCCAGCAGUGGCUCUGGCAUGAACUCACCACAAUUUAUGGGACAACAGCCUUUCCCUGAGGGUUCAACAGGCAAAAGUUAUGUGCAACCUGGGAUGUACAGUCGUACUUCAUACCCGGGAGGGCCAGGCUUCACCACAAGUUAUGCAGGGAGCCCAAACGGCCCUGGGGGAAUGGGCAUUCCUUCUCAUACUGCGAGAGCCCCGACAGACUUCACCCAAGCAGCCGCUGCAGCCGCUGUAGCAGCUGCAGCCGCAACAGCCACGGCCACGGCCACAGCCACAGUCGCUGCCUUGCAAGAAAAGCAGAGCCAGGAGUUGAGUCAGUACGGAGCGAUGGGUGCUGGGCAGCCUUUCAACAAUCAAUUCCUCCCUCAUUCGGGGCCUCGGGGACCAACUGUACCACCCGGGAUGAAUCCAGCCAACAUGUUGAACGCCUCUGGGAUGUCGCCCAUGAACAUGAGCACAGCAAGGACCCCUGCAAUGAGCGCCUUGUAUGCCGGGCAGAGAAUGCCUCAGCACGGCUACCCUACUCCACCACAAGGCCAGCAGAUGCCCCGGCAAAGUGUCAAGAGAACUUAUUCCAGCGAGGGUUAUCCAGGACAACAAUAUAUCCAAAGUGGCCAGUAUCCCACUCAAGCCGGACAGUACGCCACGAAUGUGCCUCAACCAUCUGCUCCAUCCCCCUCCUAUCCCGGUCACCGUUUGCCACUGCAACAGGGAGUGAGCCAUUAUCUCUCUGCCUCCAGUACUAGCGGCCCAUACUAUAAGCCUACUGAUCAGUUCAAUGGUCAAAAUGCCAAUUUCAAUGGUAGCAACUUCAGUAGCUAUGGACAAGCUACUAUGAAUGGGCCAGCAAGGUCCAUGCCUGGCUACCCAAGCUCUCCUUUACCUGGUAACCCCACACCUCCGAUGACCCCUGGAAGUAAUAUCCCUCCCUACAUGUCCCCAGGACAGGAUGUGAAGUCACCCUUCCUUCCAGACAUCAAACCCAAUAUCAAUUCUUUGCAUCCUUCUCCAUCUCCCAACAUGGCUUCUUUACAUCCUUCUCCGUCUGCAGGGAACCCUUGUGACGAGUUGCGUUUGACCUUCCCAGUACGGGAUGGUGUGGUGUUGGAGCCUUUCCGCCUGCAGCACAACUUGGCGGUCAGCAACCAUGUCUUCCAGCUCAGGGACUCUGUUUACAAGACUCUGAUGCUCAGGCCUGACUUAGAGCUGCAGUUUAAAUGCUACCAUCACGAGGACCGACAAAUGAACACCAACUGGCCAGCCUCAGUCCAGGUCAGCGUGAAUGCCACUCCUCUGACCAUCGAGCGGGGAGACAAUAAGACUUCACACAAGCCCCUCUACCUAAAGCAGGUCUGCCAGCCCGGCAGGAACACCAUCCAGAUCACAGUCACGGCUUGCUGCUGUUCCCACCUUUUUGUCCUGCAAUUGGUGCACAGGCCUUCGGUACGGUCCGUCUUGCAAGGCUUGAUCAAGAAGCGGCUGUUGCCGGCCGAGCACUGCAUCACCAAAAUCAAACGCAACUUCAGCAGCGGCACAAUCCCUGGGACUCCGGGUCCAAAUGGCGAAGACGGUGUGGAGCAGACAGCCAUUAAGGUGUCCCUGAAGUGCCCCAUUACUUUUCGAAGAAUCCAACUUCCCGCCAGGGGUCACGACUGCAGGCACAUACAGUGCUUCGACUUGGAGUCCUAUUUGCAGCUAAACUGUGAAAGGGGGACGUGGAGAUGUCCUGUUUGCAAUAAAACAGCCUUGUUGGAAGGGCUUGAAGUGGACCAGUACAUGUUGGGAAUCCUGAUUUACAUUCAAAACUCCGAAUAUGAAGAGAUCACCAUCGACCCGACGUGCAGCUGGAAGCCGGUCCCGAUCAAGCCCGACAUCCACAUCAAGGAGGAACAGGACGGGCCCGUGCUGAAGCGUUGCCGCACCAUGAGCCCGACCCACAUGGUGAUGCCCAGCGUUAUGGAGAUGAUUGCGGCCCUGGGACCGGGGCCCUCGCCUUUUGGAUCCUUGCAGUCCUCUUCUGCUGGGGGUGGCGCCAGCGACUACACCAGCCAAAAUUCAACCUUUUCUGGAACUUACCCAGAUUCAUUCCCCACUGUGAACCCUGGCACCCCGACGUUAAAUGAAUUCAACCCCGGGCCUCCUCCCAUCUCCUACCAGUCUGACAUUCCAGGCAGCCUGCUGAACCCCGAAAAGGCAACUGUUCCUUCCAUCCCUGGACAGAUGCCUCCAUCAAGCAGGAUGGAUCCUUCUUCACACAAUCCUGGGCAACAGGGCCUAAACAACCCCAACCUCAGCAAUCAGCCGGGACAGCAGCCGCCACCACCACAGCAGCAGCAGCAGCAGCAGCAGCAGCAGCAGCAGCAGUCACAGCUCCAUCACCGGAAUCAACCUCCUCCUCCCCCAUCACGCCAGGCACCGGGACAGCCAGGCACCGGAGGCCCAACACAUGGAGGGGAGCUCCCUUUUAACCCUGGUCCUGGGAUGGGAGCGCCACCUGGACCCGUGGAUGGGCCUGAACCUUCCCUUGACCUUCUUCCUGAGCUGACAAACCCAGAUGAGCUGCUGUCCUACUUGGGGCCCCCCGACCUUCCCAAUAAUAGCAACGAUGAUCUGCUCUCAUUGUUUGAGAACAAUUGAAGCCACCCCGGAUGGAACCUGGGCAUCAUGCUCCACCCACCAUGUAUGCAAUCUCUCUC